CGUCCUUAAUACUUCAACUACUCAAUCAGUUACAAUGGCACCUUCAGUUGCUGACAUUAUACCUCCUGUCAUAGACAACAUUGCCGAUCUCAAGUUAACAGCUGCAAAGCAUGAUAAUGGUCCUUCAUAUCCCUUCUACUACCCCUAUUAUGACGUAAACGAGAAGUUCCCUCCAACGCAAGUCUAUGAGCACACGGACCCUGGUGCCAAGGCGGACCCUGCUAAGCCGCACCUGUUGACACCCGAGACAAGGGUCGACCAUCUGAGCCCCUUCCUCGGGACCGAGAUCUCCGGCGUGCAAAUUUCCAAGCUGAGCGAGGAGGGCCUUAAUGAGCUCGCUCUGUACGCCGCGGAGAGGAAGGUCCUCAUCUUCCGUGAUCAGGACUUCAAAGAUAUUGGACCUGACAGCCAGAUUGAAAUUGCCAAGCGUUUUGGACGAAUUCAGAGACACCCGACCUCGGGGAACGUCAAGGGAUAUCCAGAGUUCCAUGUUGUUUAUAGAGGUACUGAACACGACAGGCUGAAGGAGGUCAUACCUGAGGAACGCAUUAACCGUACCCAAUGGCAUUCCGACGUUUCCUACGAGAAACAACCUGCCGGAACCACUUUCUUCUUCGUUCUGGACCAGCCAGAAGUCGGCGGUGAUACGCUUUUUGCAUCACAGGUAGAGGCGUACAAUCGCCUUUCGCCCGAGUUCAAGAAACGCCUUGAAGGCUUGCGCGCCGUGCACAGCGCUUUCGAGCAAGCGGCAGCCUCCAUCAGGCGUGGCGGGAUUGUGCGCCGAGAGCCUAUCGAGACCGAGCAUCCUCUCGUUCGCCGGCAUCCCGUGACUGGGGAGAAAGCGCUCUAUGUGAACCAGGGUUUCACACGUCGCAUCGUCGGCUUCAAGACGGAGGAAUCUGAGUACCUCCUGAAAUUCUUGUUCGACCACAUUUCGAAGGGCGCCGACUUCCAGAUUCGUGCGAGGUAUAAACCUGGCACUGUUGUUGUUUGGGAUAACCGAGUUACUGUCCACUCCGCGACUGGAGACUUCAAUCCUGGUGAGAGAAGGCAUGCGGUUCGCCUCACUCCGCAGGCGGAGGUUCCAACUGAAGCGUAGUACAAUGAACAAAUUGUGAAUGUAUCUUUUACGAAGUCAAAAAUAUGCAAAUACAUCCUAUGUAGUACAUCGCAAACAGAGGAAGCCCCUACGACAUCCAUUGGUUACGUUCCAUUAUGCUAGUUGGAAAUUUGAAGCAAACCUACGUAAGAACCUAUAUACAACGCCCUGAUUAAGUAGGC